GCCAGCAGCGGUAGUCGGUCGGUAACUUCCGAGUCGAGCGGACGUGUUACGUUUCGUUACCAGGUCAACGAAGGCUUGGAUUAAAACCACCAAGCGCCCACUGUCUGUUUUUACUGCCCAUUUGCGUGUGCGGUGUUCGGGUACUGGCGGUGUGCGGACGAUUCGCGAGGAUCUUGAGUGGAUUCGCUAAUUAGUGUGCUGCUGUGUGAGAUUUUAUUUAUAACAGAAAAGUCUCUGUGUCUAAGUUUUCGCGCCCGAAAACAGAAAAGCGUGAGCCAAAAUUCGUUUGUGGGGCGGAUAACGCUCGAAGAAUGCGUGUGUGAUCUGGCGAUAAUUUUCCCGAGGGAAUGAGAAGAAGAGCAUCUAGAUAACAGACCGCGCGAUCGAGUUGAUGGGUAAUUGGUCGAACCGGUGGCAGAUUUAUGCUGCGUUCUAGUUUCUUUUUCUCGUAAAUUUGAUUAUUAUUUUAAUAAAGUUCAAUCAAUUGAACACCAAGCAAGUGCUCUCGGAGUGGCUGUACUAGGCAGAGUUGGAUUAAAUUGCACCAAAAUUGGAUCACCUUUAUCGGUUGGAUUAGCAUAUAUGCGAAAUAGAAGAGAGUGUAUUUUCGAGUCGAUUUAAUUCCAAUAUUCGGCACAUGAAACAAGGGCGCCUGUGUAAAGAAUAACAUUACCAGGAAACGAGUGCAACAGGUCGACAAGACAAGGGAAGUGUUUUUCGUUUGAUGAGCGCAAUCUGUAAAAAAAAAAUAAUAAAUAAGCGUCGAAAUAGUGAGGCAAAAGUUGAUUGUGUUCUUAUUAAAAAAUAUUGAACUACACAGAAAACCGUUAUAACUACACAAAGGAUACUCACGACAUAUGGUUUGAAUCGCAUUGCAGCAUCAUCGAGUGAAGAUCCAGCAAACGCAAACCAAAUGUGUUCGAACGAGAGCAGCUAGUUUCGGAACAAGCCAGGCCGGAGAACAUCACGGAAAAUGAAUCAUGUGCAAAUAGUUGUUAGCGUUCUUCGAACUUUGGCGGUUCUACGAUGCCUACCGUGUCUGACGGCAUAUCAUCUACCCCAAUCUCCGAGCCAAGGGGUACAAACACUGAGUAGCCUGAUGGCGGUACCACCACUGCCCGCGCACCAUCUAAGGUCCAACUCGCCUCAUACAAUGGAACCACCACAGUUCCUUAUACCACCGAAGUUGGAUAAUUCCUCCGAAACGGCUGAAGAUGGCAGGAUAGAUCGUAGCUACCACAAGACACGCAAGGUCGUCUACAAGCACCCCUCACGGUACGGCUAUCCGAAGCUCCGACGUCGUCCGCUGUAUCCGUCCUUGCAUCCCAAUUACUACACCGCAUACACAAAAUGGACCCACUGUGAUCUAUUUUGCAGGCAACGCCGAGAACGGUUCUGCAUAGCGCGAUCCAAAUGCGGUCUCCAUAUACACGUAGAGGAACGCAUUUGCCACCGAUCGCUGUGUUCGCCUCUGACAAUUCCAUCAUCAUACAACAAAUACGAGCGAAUCCCCUGGAGCAAAUACUCCGUGGUUGGAGAAGAUUCGUACAAAUCUAAGAAAAAGAAGCGUAUUAUCGUAACCGAUGACUAUGACGAAGACUACUACAAUGAGGACGAUGACGAUGACGACACGGAGUACGUGAUCAUCAAGAAGAAGUCUAAGCGAAAAUGGAAGCGGCCCCACAUCAUCUACCAACGUCGGAAAGAAAGUCGACCAGCUAACCAUCGGCCUAGGACCCCACUAGAUGAAGAUUACGAUCAAUUUUCCGAACAACGCAUUCAGAACCAACAGAAGCCGUUGAAGGUCGUUCCGGACGACUUCGAUGAUCAGAAAAUUUUUAGCCCCAGUCCGCAUUACGAGCAACGAUACAACACAGCUCAAACCUUUCGCCGGCGGCCACAUACGGCCGCAGUAAGACGGAAACCCUCAAGGCUGACGGAUUACUUCGAAGACUAUGACAAUUUCUACCGAGAUGAUUUAGGUUUCACGAAUCGAAGAGAAGAACUGUUCGACUCCGAUGGAUUCUAUCCCAUCAGUGAACGCUUGGUGGGUACAGCCGAUGACGAAGAUGGUGCUAGCGGUAAUCUAACAUCAACGGCAGAAUUCGACCGAUUGAUGGAGUCGUUUCCAACCGAGGCUUCGACAACGGAAGGGAAGGAAUCUCACCACACAAAGCGAGAUGUAAGCAAUGACCUGGAUGACUACGGGGAAGAUGCGGAUUCAGAUUUAUCGGAUGAGGACGUCAGUAACAGUACGGCGGAGUUUGGACCCGAUGGCAAAAAGUAUCCUGGAAAUAGUUUGUUGAAACUGGGUGUUGUAACGCAAAAGAAAGCUCGCGAGAAAGCAGUCUUCGAAAUGCCGAGAAAGGUCGACAAUCCGUAUUCCAAGUGGAGCCGAUGGUCCAAGUGUACGGCGAAAUGUACUACCCGAAGAUUCAAACGGUGCAAAGUACCGGUCGUGUGUAGUAACGACAUCAUCCGCGAGGUAGCCUACUGCUACACAGAGGGUAGUUUCUGUGAAGAAUGGAUUGGUAAUCAGUUGUAUCAAAACAAAAUUCCCCAACCAACGACCGUUGCAACGACCACGGCAAAGCCAACCAAACCUCCGAGAAAUCCGCUAGUGCUGCCUCAUCACCAAUCAGCUCGUAGUCGGAGUGACGUUCAAGACAAUUCCAUAGCACAGCAGUCCUUCGGAAAUCGUAGAGGUCUGCUGCAGCCAGAAUACUUACCUCAGGAGAUGAUGUGCGGUCUUCCGGUUACUCGAAAUAAAUCGAAGAAGUACCUGUACAAUAUGUUAAGAAUUAUUGGCGGAAAAGCCUCGCGGCGAGGGCAGUGGCCCUGGCAGGUAGCGAUUCUAAACAGAUUCAAAGAAGCUUUCUGCGGUGGGACUCUCGUUGCUCCUCGUUGGAUUCUCACGGCAGCUCACUGUGUUCGGAAACGACUCUACGUUCGAUUAGGAGAACAUAACCUACAGCAAUCGGACGGAACGGAGAUGGAAUUUCGGGUCGAGUUCAGUAUAAAGCAUCCACGGUAUGACAAAAAGACGGUUGAUAACGAUGUUGCGUUGUUGCGGUUGCCACGAGAUGUAGAACGAUCCAACUUCGUAGGCUACGCUUGUCUCCCGGAUCGGUAUCAACCGCUUCCGACGGGGCACACCUGCACGAUCAUAGGUUGGGGCAAGAAGCGGCACAGUGACGAUGCUGGAACGGAUGUUUUGCACGAGGCAGAAGUACCGAUCAUCACCACUGACAAGUGUCGGGCAGUUUACCACGACUACACCAUUACGAAGAACAUGUUUUGCGCCGGUCACAAACGAGGUCGAAUAGAUACCUGCGCAGGAGACUCCGGUGGGCCGCUGCUCUGCAGGGACACAACGAAGGUGAACAGCCCUUGGACGAUAUUUGGCAUCACCAGCUUUGGCGACGGCUGUGGCAAGAAGAACAAGUUCGGUAUCUACACCAAACUGCCGAAUUACGUGGACUGGGUGUGGUCAGUGAUAAAUUGCGACGGGAACUGUCGGACGUGAGUUGGGAUCCAAUUGAGAGAGGCGAGUGAGAACGUGAUGUUCGAAAGAGGGGACAGAGAGAGAGAGAAAAAGCGAAACGAUUUCAGUCGAUUUUUGUAUAAAUAAGAAUUAGGCUUUUGAAAACAAAUCUUCCAAUCUCGUAUUUAUUGCUCUAACAAAUAAGUUGAAGAAUAGGGGACAGAGAGCUUACAUUCUAACAAUAGGUAUUUAUUUUAAAUGCUGUGUAUAGUAUUUUUACGAACAAUAUAGACAUUAGUAGAAUAAAUCUGAA